AUGCUUCCUCGACUCUACUCUCUCAACCGAUCUCGCCAGCGCUGCGAGGUGGAAAAUUUGCUUGUCUCAUUGCCCAAUCUGCUUUACGACUGUAUCCAAAUAGAGGCUGAGCUCAUUGAAGCCCUUGGUACGAAUUCCGUCACCAAAAAACAAAGUAGUCACUGUAACAAGCCUCCAACAGCUACUAAGGAUGAUAAUUAUAUUAGUUCAUCCAAUGUUAAUUGUUCCAGGCUCUCAGGCCCCAAUUCUAAUAGCAUCCAAAGUUCUCUUAAAGUUGAGGCAGAUGGCCGACCAGAUGAUACUUUAGAUUCUUGCAUUAGAUCGAAUCGUCUGGCCCAGAAGCGUAUAGCGCACGUGCCCUCUUCACGACGUCAUAAAGCUGGAGCUCGCCGAUCGGCGCGCCACAAAGUUGGGCCUACUCAGCCACAUGACUCAGGCUGUUGUCCAAAUGCUGAUAGCAGAGGCCAGUCUAAAUUAGCUUCCUUCAUACAGCAGGAUAUGGCGACCUCAGAUGUUUCUACUGCUAAUUCACGGAUCAAGGAAGAGCUCUUGGAUCUUGAAAACAUAACUUGUGGCGGCGAUCGCCUUCCGAAACCACCUACUCAGGGCCUGUAUCUGCGUCUUUCUUCCUAUAUCUCGUACUUCUACCUUCAUCUGGCCUGGGAUUAUCUUGUAUCUGGCUUCCAGCUUGACCUUUAUGCGCCACAUGAAUGGACAUAUAUGUAUGCUUUUCUUGAACAAAUAUUGCACAAACUUCUUUUCCCACUUUGCCAACUAGCUGACUCUUCACAGCCCGUUCAAAGUCCUUCUCCACUGGAAGCCCCCAAAAUAACCUCAGCAGGUUGGUGGAAAUGA